UAAAGCUGGCCAUCACCGGAAAAGUGCUUCUAAUAGCCUUCACUGGUCUCCGUCCAGAGCAACGGGCUCUGUUGGUCCAUUAUAUAUAUGUCAAUGGUCACCGUGCAUGUUCUAAUGGUUCUAUCCAUAUACUGUCGAUGAUUCCAUCCAGCGAGGAUUUCUGAUCAGAUGGAAGUGACCUCAGCAAACAGGAAGUGCCCUGCUGUCACAGGAAGUAGCCGAAAGAUCAAAGACAACGCAGCCGACUGGCACAACCUGAUGCUGCGCUGGGAGAAACUGAACGAGGACGGUUUCACAGCCGCCGAAAACAUCACGACUAUCACCCUCACACGAUCUCAGAGUGAUCAGCGUCUGCUGCUGGACGACCCACCCUCCCCCCUGUCGGACCUGUCUCAGCAGCCCCCCCUGUCUGAGCAGCCAGGGGGGGCUGCAGAGCUGCAGGAAGAAUGCUGCAAACUGCAGGACGUCGUCCAUAAAAUGGUCGCCGUGGUGACGAAGAUGGAGCGUCUGAUGACAUCACAGCGAGGCGUUCAGGAUCUGGAGGAGUUUCACUUCGGACCUGAAGGAAGAAAUGUUCCUCUGUUUCACAGCUGGAGCACCAAACACUUCAAUGAAGCGUGUGGUUUCCUGCUGGCGUCCUUCCAGCAGGAGCUGCGGUUGAAGCAGAUGAUCCUGCAGGAAGUGGGUCACACGGUGACCUCUGACCUCUGCAUGGUCUACCUGUCCUGCUGGCUGCAGCAGCCGUUCCUCCCCCCCCAGACCAGACUCACACUGGAGGCUCUGCUGCUGGAGACAGGACACCGCCCACUAUAACACCGCCCAGACCAGACUCACACUGGAGGCUCAGCUGCUGGAGACAGGACACCGCCCACUAUAACACCGCCAGACUCACACUGGAGGCUCAGAGAAUGAGACGUUGUGACAGAUAAGACCCAAUCAGGAGGAGAACCUUUGGGACUGCAACACAACCCUGCAGAUUCCAAACCAUAACGGGUCAGAAGUGUUUCCAAAUGUCUCCGGUUUAGGGGCUCGGACACGCCAGAGCA